CUCAUUGCCAUCAUGGCUCCGAGCAGUAGCUCGAGACCCCACUUUCCGCUGCACUCGACGUGGACCACACCCGAGCGGGCUCACCUUCGGUCGACGGCGUCCGCUGCGUUCGAUGCCCUCCUUCAGACCGUGUCUCUGGUUAGCGAUGCCAGCCAUCCCCACACAAAGCAGACCAAGCAUUCGCGCAACCACACACAGCUCGUCUUGCCGGGAGUCGUCGCGGACGUCGCGUCAUUCUUUCUCGACGCAUUAGACGCGUCGGAUGGCGUGUACUGCGACCGGUACCACGUCGACGACACAGAGCUCCUGUAUGUUCUGAGGCCGCGCACGAUGGACCAACCACUACGAUUCAUGGGGCUGCGGUGGAGUCGGUUUAGCGCGCCGCUGUUGUGCCGUCCCCGCGAUGUUUGUGUCGUCGAGUACAUGGAUUCGUUCAUCGAUAAGCGUGGCCGCCAAGGGUGGGCCCUGUGCAUGCAGUCCGUAACGCACCCGUCCUGCCCCGACUUCAAGCCGCACCACGGGAUCGUGCGGUCCACUGUACAUUUGUCAGGUUACGUCGCGAUCGAAAGCGAUGCGCCAGGAGUCAUCAACCUCCAUGUCGUGCUCGACUGGGAUUUCGACAUGCCUCCAUGGGCACGCAACGCUGCGCUCACCAAGCGCUUGCAAGCCCUUGACAAACUCGACUCGUAUUUAAAGCUCAAAGGCCUGGAUCACCGACCUCGGCCAAAGCUGUGUUCGCGACAGAAGGACGACGUCGAGAAGAGUAGCUCCCGCAGUCACGCGCAUCGACGGCACUUGUACGAUGACACCCCCUCCUCCUUGUACAAUCACGAUCUCCACAUGAGGAGAGUCAAUUCGCAACAGAGUAGCGGUGGCAUUCCCCUCAUUGACUCGACCACGCCGUCGUUUCGGUCCCAGCCCAGCAACUUGACAUUUACAUCGUCGCCGUCCAUGCGCGCAACGCUCGACGACGACUUCAACGGCGCCACGUUCGAAUCACUGCACAUGCCGUCGCACUGCGGCGUGUGCCAGGUCAACUUGCGCAACUCGACCUACCUGCCGUGUCAGCUCUGCGAUAAGGCAGUAUGCCAAACAUGCAGUCGGCCGUGGCAGGGUUCCACCGACCUCCGCAUGAACAUGAAUCUGUGUGUGCUGUGUGACCAAACGAUGCUGCCAACCCCAUCGUCCAUCACGCCGUGCCAACAGCAACACCAUCGCGCCCGAAGGACACGGCAAUCAACAUCACGAAAGUGCAAAAUCAGUCCAAGCAUCACCACGGCGGACGGUCUCCUCGAUUUAUCCUACCUGGCUGGCCUCACGUCCAGAUCAGCCUCCAACUCGACAGACUCGGGAAGCCUUCCGCGGUCUGGGCCUUCGAAGAUUCUCGAAUGAGUGUGGCUGAACCUAUACACACACACCCCACAAUUGUAAGGCUACGUCGAAUGGAAGCGUUAGUCCAUCACGUCAUGCUUGUGUCUCAGGCUGCUUCAGGUAGUGCACCGACAGUAUGAUCUCAACGUCGUGGGAUACAAGGCGUACACUGCACGCCACAUGAAUAGAAACACCCAUAUUUUUGUGA